GCAGGCGGUGGCGGCGCGGCCGAGGCGGAGCGCCCGCACCCCAAGCCCUUCCUCAUCGGCGUCAGCGGCGGCACCGCCAGCGGCAAGUCCACAGUAUGCGAGAAGAUCAUGGAGCUCCUGGGCCAGAACGAGGUGGACCAUCGUCAGCGCAAGGUGGUCAUUCUCAGCCAGGACCGGUUCUACAAGGUCCUCACUGCUGACCAGAAAGCCAAGGCAUUGAAGGGGCAGUACAAUUUUGAUCACCCAGACGCGUUUGACAACGACUUGAUGCACAUGACACUGAUGCAUAUCGUGGAAGGGAAAACCGUGGAGGUGCCCACCUAUGAUUUUGUGACCCAUUCCAGGUUGCCAGAAACCACAGUGGUGUAUCCUGCUGAUGUUGUGCUAUUUGAGGGCAUCCUGGUCUUCUACAACCAGGACAUCCGCGAUAUGUUCCACCUCCGCCUCUUUGUUGACACUGAUUCGGAUGUCAGGCUGUCCCGCCGAGUGCUGCGGGACAUGAAGCGUGGCCGGGACCUGGAGCAGAUCCUUACCCAGUACACCACCUUUGUCAAGCCUGCCUUCGAGGAGUUCUGCCUGCCGACAAAGAAGUACGCUGAUGUGAUUAUCCCCCGAGGAGUGGACAACAUGGUUGCUAUCAACCUCAUUGUGCAGCACAUCCAGGACAUCCUGAAUGGAGACAUCUGCAAGUGGCAGCGAGGGGCAGUGAAUGGGCACGGCCGGCCAUACAAGCGGCCGUUCCCCGAGCAGGCGGAGAGCAGCGGUGUGCUGGCCCCCGGCAAGCGCUCUCACCUGGAGUCCAGCAGCCGCCCGCACUAACCCUGUGGGAGCCCGGAAGCUGCCUAUGUUCCAGACCAACGCUGAAGACAACUUGGGAGAAACAAACCGGUUUGUGAAGUGCCCUUUAAAUGGUCCUAGCAAUGGCGGGGAAGUGUCAGGGAUAGUAGGGGGCAAGAACCGUCUUGCAGAGGACAGCAAGGAGUUGGACCCCUGCCCCCUGAGAGGGAUUACAUGACCCCACAGCCCAACUCUGUGGUGGUUUCAGCUGCCUGCUCCAGCCCUUUUCUCAAAUGACACCUUGUUUCCCCUCGUGGUGCUUUUUCCUUAGCAGGAACCGUGGCUGCCUAUUUCCCUGCACGGCAGACAAGGCUUUGCUCCAGGUGAGAAGCAGGCUAGCCCAGGUCCUGUCCAUCUUAACCAGCAGGCACCACUGCACCCUUUUCUGGACAUUCACCUGCUCAUGGGAGGACCUUGAGAUUUCUCUUCCAUCUGCGAAGUACACUUGGCAUCAGUGUUUUGAAGCUCCUAGAGCAAUGCCAUGGCCCCUGCUUGCCUGCUCUUUCCCACCACUGACAGGGAUGGUGGGGGCAGGACCAACCUCCUUAAGAGCACAAGUGUAUAUAAUUUUUUAUCCAGAGCAGAGAGAAACUGGGCUUUUCUGGCACAAACAUAAGUCAAGGGGACAGACCCAAAGAGCAGCAAGGCUCCAGUCCCUCAUCUACUGUUCCCCAUCCCGUCGUCAGGCUUCUGAGCCUAGCUAGAGCAUAUGUAGGGGAGGCGCUCAUUGUCAUACCCAAACUUGCCCGCGGUUACUGAGCACGUGAGCUCCAACAGGGUUGAGCAGCUCACGACAAAGACGCCUGCCCCCGUCAGUAUUAGCAGCACCCUGUACUACAGGGUGCUAGUUCUGCUGUGCAGAACAGGGUGGUUGAGUUAGCGAGGGAAAGAAACCACCACCAAGCAAGACUUUCCUGCCUGACAUUCACGUCCGCAGUCAUUUUCAGUAGCAUUGUCUACUGCAUUUCUACCCCAGGAGAGGCUCAUAGCACUUGCCCUAGAUGCCAGGUGAGCCAUGCAACAUUAGCAUGCUCUGAUUUCCAAAAGAGAGGAGUGGAAAGGCUGGGAACUUAAAUCUCCAGCUUUCUGCAAAAGUUCUAACUCAUCUUACCAACUGGGCUUUUUAAACUCCGUAUCGUACCCGCCUUCUACCCCGUCUAUCUGUAUCUGCAGAGUAGUUUUACAAGCAGAGGGGAAAAAUUGUUACUGCCGAAAAGAACUUUUGCCACAUUCACUAGUUUUCUAAAAGCAAGGUCUGGCUCUGUUGGUCGUGCUGCUUUGGUUAAUAAACAAAUGAACAAACAA